AUGGGGUCAUUCAGUGUGCAGGCCACUGUCCUGAUGAUCCUGGUGGUGUUGUCCUCCAGCAACGCAGGCCGAAUUCUUGUCUACCCCGUAGACGGGAGUCACUGGCUGAACAUGCGUCUGCUGGUGGAGGCUCUGCAUGCUCGGGGUCACCAGGUCACUGUGGUGCGCUCUUCCACCAGCUGGUACGUGACAGAGAUGUCCCCCCACUACACCUCCAUCACUAUCCCUCUGCAGGAGCCCCAGGUCAUUGAGAGUGAAACGUUUAUGGCUAACUUCCUGAUGAGGAGUUUGGAGCUCCGCCGUGGCGAGGGAACCCCCUGGGCCUUCCUGGCCAUCUACAACCACCUCUUCAGCAUGAUCCGGCAGAACCACAACACACUGGUCCAGAUGGCUGCUGCCAUGUUUGAGAAUCAGACUCUGAUGAGGGAGCUGAGGGAGGCGGAGUUUGACCUGGUUCUGACCGACCCAGUGUUCCCUGUUGGGGUCCUGUUGGCCCGACAUCUCCAGCUGCCCUUGGUGCUGAACGUCCGCUGGAUGCCCAGUGGAGAAGGACACUUUUCCAUAGCUCCCUCUCCUCUCUCUUACAUCCCCCAACUGUUCUCCCGCAACACAGACAGAAUGGACUUUGUCCAGAGGCUGUAUAACCACCUCUACCAUGGCCUCAGUCUCUACUUGUACCACAUAGUCGCCGGACCUCCCUACCAGACUGUGUGUGAUAAGUACUUAGGCCCUGGUGUGGAUGUCAUGUCACUCAUUCAAGGAGCGGAUCUCUGGCUGAUGCGCGUGGACUUUGUCUUUGAGUUCCCUCGCCCCACCAUGCCCAACGUAAUCUACAUCGGUGGCUUCCAGUGUAAGCCCUCCAAGCCCCUCCCUGCAGACUUGGAGGAGUUUGUGAGGAGCUCUGGAGAACACGGGGUGGUGGUUAUGACAUUCGGGACUUUUCUGGGUGGUCUGGGCCCUGAGAGGUCGGAGGUCAUUGCUUCUGCGUUCGCCCGUCUGCCUCAAAAGGUGGUGUGGAGACACCUGGGAGAGAGGCCAGCUUCACUGGGGAACAACACAUUGCUGGUUGAAUGGCUGCCUCAGAACGACCUGCUGGGCCACCCUCAGACGAAGAUGUUCGUCUCACAUGGCGGCACAAACGGAAUCUACGAGGCCAUCUACCACGGCGUCCCCGUGCUGGGAAUCCCCCUCAUCUUCGACCAGUUUGACAACGUGAUGCGUCUGAAGCAUAGGGGCGUCGGAGAGGUUGUUGAAGUGACCACGUUGGAGGUAGAGUCUCUAACUCUCGCUCUGAUGAACAUCCUGGAUGAAAGGAAGCCGUACAGGGAGAACAUGCGUAAGCUGUCCCAGCUGCACCAUGAUCGACCCAUCCAGCCAAUGGACAGCGCCACCUUCUGGGUAGAGUUUGUUAUGAGACAUAAAGGGGCGGCACACCUGCGUACUGAGUCCUAUAAGAUGCCUUGGUACGUUUAUCACAACGUAGACGUGUUGGCACUGCUGCUGGGUUCUCUUCUGCUUGUGCUUACUUUGGUCUGGCUUUCCUGUCGAUGUUUGGUCAGAGGUUUAUUAAAAGGACGAAAGUCCAAGCUUGAGUGAAUUGGAGGCUUAGCAAUGUUGAAUCAUUGAACUGCCAGGUUAUACUGUAUGUCUUACUGUAUGAUGAGACUGAAAAUAAAUUUAGUUAACCGAAAACAAAGUUGAAUCUAACUGGGAAUCAACCCUGAGUAUAAAUCUACCCUGAUAAUGAUGAUGCUGUUAAAAUGAAAACACUGCCAUUUUUUGUGCAUCCUUAACAAUGUGCCUGUGAUGUAAAGUGUUGCCCACUAAACAAACUUACAUUUGACCUUGACCUUCAUUAUUUGAUACUGUACUGUUGUGAUCAUAAUUUCAACAGACAGAUGUUAUGGUUAAUCCACCAUAUUUCUCCAUGUCAGUCUGUGUUCUCGUGCCACUUCUCAAUGAUACCACUAGAUGUCAGACUUGACACACGUUCAUGGUGUCAGG